AUGUCUAUUCUAAGACAAUUUUCUAGAUUAUCAAUAUGUCCCACAGUAAAAUUUCAGUUAAAUCGAAAUAUAUCGACGACAAGUGCCUUAACGUUCAAGAUCACUGAACAGCUAUGUGCUGAACCGAUGAAGAAAAAAAAGAAAAUAGAUCCUGCUAUUGUUAAAGCACGCGAAGAGCGCCGUCGUAAGAAAAUUGAGAAACAAAUUCGAAGGCUUGAGAAGAAUGCUAGACAGUUGAAACCUAUUGAUGAGUUGGAGGUUCCACUUCACUUGAUGGAUUCACUCAAAAAAUAUAAACGGUCUCCUGUCCAGUUGUCGGUCGAAGAAAUCGAAGCCCGCGAGCUACUCCAAAAGGAAUGGGCUCGUUACAAACGUGAUGAAUAUAUGAACAACAUUGCACAAGUCGACAGGAUCAUGGCAGCCCAGAGACGCGCUCUGGACAGGCUGUACGAGGAAUCAGAGGAUCUGUACAAUGAAGCUAUUAUGCCCGACUUGCAACUACUGCCUUAUACCAUAAGCGGUCCGGUAGCGACGCCGCCCAUCAAGGACUACGAAUCGCCCGACGGAGAAUACAUAGACGUGUCUAAGAAAUGGGAUAAUUAGUGAAUUUAUUUAUCUGUGCUUAUUAACAAAUAGGUAACAGCCAGUAUUUGUGUAUCGAAUGUUAGUUCGAGUACCGCAAACACAAUUUCCAAUAGAACUGUGUGCUUAGUGCGAGUUUGUUAACGUUCUUGAUGGCGUAAAGAUAACUCAAAAUUUGUAUGCAGUUGGAACAGCGCCCCUAGCGGCAAACGUAGG